AAAAGCUUGUCUAUAUAAACAACAAGAGUCCUAAUUCAAAAACUACACCAAGCUAAUUUAUUCUCAGUUAAACUAAAACAUACUUUAAACACACACUAAAUAAAAAUGGCGGGCCGUGACAUCUUCCAGCUGCGUUUCGCGGCCGUCGCGGUAUCCGUCGCCGUUUUGACCUUCCUAGUCUCCAGCCAAGUCACAGAAGCGUCACGUAUGAUGAGUCUAUGCUCUCACACCGCGUAUCCAUCUCUAUGCCAACCUUUGAUUAAACGUAUCACGAACCCAAGACGCGCCACGCACAAAACCAUCCAGGCUUUAGAAGCCAAGACAAAACUGGCUUUAGCUGAUGCGGCUAGGUACAAAAAUGGUAACCAAGCGAUCGCUACGUGUUACGCGGUGUUUAGCGAUGCGGUUUAUAAUCUUGCGAACGCGAGGAAGAGUAUAAGGAAACGCGAUGUGAUGGCGAUGAACACGUUUUUGACCGCGGCUGUGUCUGACUACGGAGUAUGUGUCGAAGGGUUUAUUGACGCGAACCAAGUUAAUACGGUUCAGAAUGUAGCGGUUGACCUGAGAAAAAUUAGCAGCAACUGCUUGACGUUGUCUACAUUGGUUAGAUGAUCGAUUACAAAAUAACCAUUUAAUUUAAUUUUUCUCAAAACAAACAAAAAACUAAUUAAUUUCGUCUACAUGAAUAAGGAGGAAGGAAAAAAAUCUUAAAUGAUUGAAAAUGUUUUUUCUUAUGUUGCAACUUUUGUUUUGAGGGGAGAUGUUUGCUGGAUCAUCAUUUGUCAUGUAAACGCCACUGGGUGUUAUUAAUUUAUAUUU